AUGCAGCAGCGACCUCGACCCACCACCGAGGCACGUGCACCCAUCGCUGAUCGCACGCCGGCAAGAACGCACUCUAGCAGCACUGCUUCGAAAGCUCGAGGACAUCCUGGCCCCGCAGAGCCACGCUCGCCAAUGUCCAGAAGCGCAGCUUCGGAGAGCGUAUCUAGUGCUCGUCCCUUUUCCAGCUCUCGAGGUGCCUCGCCAGCUCCGUCGACUCGAAGCAGCUCCAGCACCAUUCGCAAUCACAGCCUAAACGUAGACCUCGAAAGCAUUCCGCGCACAGCUUCGCCCGCACCUAGUCUAGGAUCAUACCGCUACUCGCUAGGCCCUGCACCCGUUCGCUUCCCAUCCCAAAAAUUUCAACAGCAGGCGGCCGAACCUCGCAGAAGCUCGAUGCUGGAUGCCAGCGGGACAGCUCGCGAGCUGGGCGGUCGCAUGGAUGGCUUCCGGAAAAUAUCUGCUUCACACGCCGGCUCCUCCAAGGGCGAGGCGGUGGAGAGAAACAGGACUCAAAGCGAUAUGAGCCACUCAAAAGGCCACGAUGUGUCGGAGAUUGAUGGGUCAGCCUUGGAGAGCAGCGCCCAUCUCAACACACCAGCCUCGCGAAGUCGAACUCAGUCCACCCCUUCGCCCACCACUUCGGCCUUCAAGCGGGGCGAUCCUGAUGAGAAUGCUCUCCAAUAUGGAGCGUCUCGCACAUCGAAACGUGACGCAGCAUCAUCAUCAUCGCAAGCAUCAACACCAGGUCGAGCAAUCUCUUCGCCCAGGAGACCACCAGCCCGACAGUCACCUCGACCAGAUUCUCAAACGUUGACCACGUUUCCCUUUCCCCACCCUUCUGCUGCAACCUCUCCGCCCCUGUCCUCGACCGGAUCAAGAGGUUGGCUGACGAGGAUACCCUUUUGGCGGUCUGUCGGAAGACUGCAUAAUCCUGCCGAAGAAGAAGAACGUACACAGGCGCCAAACGAGAGGCGGACCAUUGCACCACUCAGCAGAUCGGCACGUCCUACCGAGCCAGACACAUCAAUUACCGCGAACCACACGACACAGGCCCGAAAACCCCACAAGCUGCCUUUGCUUCCAUCGAACAGCGGCCAAGAUCCUGAUGAUCCGUACGGCUACCGCGCUCUGGCAGGCCCUAUGCUCUUGCCAGCUUUCCAUGCCUCCAGGCCUCACCUUGCUCAGCGCGAAGAGCAAAGUCGGAUAGCAGCUUUCAAGAGGCUCGGGCUGGCUACUGCUCAAGCUGCUCUGCUGCUACUUGCCCUGGCUACCUUGGCCAAGGUCGGAACAUAUGUGCUGGGAGAAGCCAGAUGGCCAGGCUUGUAUGGAGCGCUUCCUCAUGGCGGCGCCAAGAGCCCUGCGUGA